CAUCCGAGUGAGGCUCGGGGACGGUUAAAAAACGAACCGCGCGAUUCACGCUGCGCGUACGCAAGGGCGCGCGCGUUCGAUUUUCGAAUUCGCAACUUUUUUUUUACAAUUCAAACUUUUAGGAACUUUUGAUGGAUUUUUGUUUAUGUGCCAGUGAUUGGAUAGUGUACAGUGUUAUGAUGAAAAACAAAUUAUUUUAGAAGUUGUGUGAAGAAUCAUUGCCACCAUUUUCGGGGAUUCCUGCUGUCACACAUUUUCGCAGCUAUCAAGAUGAACCAGCAAUGCAAAGUCUGCGGAGAGCCUGCAGCCGGUUUCCACUUUGGUGCUUUUACCUGCGAAGGAUGCAAGUCGUUCUUCGGGCGGACGUACAACAACCUGUCGUCGAUAUCGGAAUGCAAGAAUAACGGCGAGUGCGUCAUCAACAAGAAGAACAGAACGGCGUGCAAGGCCUGCAGACUACGGAAAUGCCUCUUAGUGGGCAUGUCCAAAUCCGGUUCGAGAUAUGGAAGAAGAUCCAACUGGUUCAAAAUCCACUGCCUGUUACAAGAGCAGCAGCAGCAACACAUCCAGCAACUGCAGACGAGCAAGUCACCCCCCAGGUUCAAUUCCUCUAUAAAUCCGUCCUUUCUGCCGACGAAUCUGUUGCCAGCUUCCGCAUUAGCUGAGUACUACAAAAAUUCUGAGAAGAACCACUUCACAGAGGACGUGACGCGGCAAAGCGUGUCGCCGUCCGACUCUGGAGCGUCGUCAGCUGAUCCAGAAGAUGACAACAGUUCGAGAAGUACAAGCGGCUUGAGCAUCUUUAGACCUGCUUCGUCUCCGUGCAGCGAAAAAGACGUGAGAUUACAAGCGAUAAGGAACCAAACGAGAGACGUCAGGAAACGAAAACCUUCAACUCUACCGCCUUCCCCGUUUGGUCCAGUAUCAGCUACUCCGAGUUUUUCGCCGCGCACAGGUCCAUUCUUACCAACUCCGUUGCAUAAUUUGAGACCGAUACCACCUGGUUUGGCCACGUGGCCCAACCGAAACGGUGGUGACUUGCUCCUGCACUCGCCGGCCGUCGCAGGUGUUGCCAUAGAUCAAGACCAACCCAUAGAUCUGUCGAUCAAAUCCACUGCUGUUCUAUUUAGAAGUCCUAAAAACGAUGAAGUUAGCGAUUCGGAGCCCGAACUAAGUAUCGAUUUGAGCGAAGAAAAUGGCAAAGACAUCAUGAAGAAUCCUCUAGAUUUGUCACUCGUCCCCAAGAGAACAGAAGAAGUGCCAAUGACAGGAUGAACUUAGUUUGUAAAGCGAACCGUGAGUCAAUACAGCCAUGUAGCUCGUUACUCUAUUUAUAUGUAAAUAACUUAGUCUAAUUUUUAUGAGACGAGUUGAUUUCUCUGCCAUACAGUAUUUAAGUAAAAUGUACAUUCCUUCUUCUUGAUUACCUGAUCUGACUACCAUUACGUAAGAGUUGUUAUUUUUUUCUUUGUACAGUAGGGUAUUAAUUUAAAAGUCAUGUUGUAUCUAAGUAAAGAGUAGCAAUAAAUUAAACGCUGUAAGAGGCAGUCAAUCUGAAUGCGUGUCUGUUUCUAGCCGAGUGGCAUUUUGUUGCCUAUCUAAGCCUAAGGAAUUCACUGUGAAGAUACGUGAAUGUUUAUAGAAAUGCCAGUUCCAUGAGCCAGUGUGUUGUUUUACCAGUAUGUAGUUAUUUUUUUAAAGGGAUCAAAGGCCAGUUAGUUUGAAGCUCAAAAUUCUUAUGUACAAAUAUUUUUAAACUUGCGUUACUAUGCAAGACUUCUAUUAAGUUAAUUUGUAAGUACUUUCUUUAAGUAUUUAUUUUUAUAGUUCUUAGGCCAGUUUUGUAUGAGUCACUUUUUAAUUUGUAAGUACUUAAUAGGUUAGUGUUAGUUUAAUGUUUAGUUCACUUUAAGGCUUGCGUGUUACUAUUUGUUGAUUGUUUCGUUUUUAGAGAUUUUAAAUACUUUAGACAUUCCUUUUAAUGAUGCUCAUGUGUACUUAGUUUAUUAUUAUUUUUAAAUGACAUCGAUUGUUUCUCUAUUUUUAUGACAAUUUGACUUCGUGUUAAUAGUAACAGAUCAGAAUAAGCCAAUACAAAAUAGUACAAUUUUUGACUAUAAAAUUUAUCUUGUACAUUAGUACCAAUUUUUACCAACAAUAUUGUGUAUGUUUUUUAUGUAUUUUUGUAAUUAAAUGUAAAAAAUGACAUUCCAUUCCUAUUUGAAGAUAUGAGGUGCCAUUCCAGUAGUUAGUUUUUGGACAAAUUGUAGAUUAAAAAUGUUUCCUAAAGUACAACUUUAAAGUUCACUUUUGAGUAAUCGAUGCGAUUACGUUAUGGCAGUGCCUUUGUAAAACUCCAAUUAUGGAGUUAAGAAUUUAUUUUUAUAGUAAAAGUGAACCGCACUGACUUAGUUCAAACAAAGUUGUUGUUAUCAGUGUGAUAUGAUGUUUAUCUAUGUGUUUUCAUUUUUACAUUUAUAGAUAAAACUUAAUAUAUUUGAGAAAGAAGUAAAAAUAAAUAUGA